GCUGUUAGAUUAAACGCCAUUAUACUUUGCGCUUCAGAAGGCGACUAUUUCAACGUGGUUUCUGCUCUGAAAAUACGUGGAAACCCUUGCGCUAAGAUGCAAAUGGGUGCCAAGAGUAACCAGGAAGUGAUUCUGGACACUAUUGACUCACUCCGCCGUCGUAAGGCUCGUCCAGACCUCGAGCGAAUAUGCCACAUGGUUGAGCGCAAAUAUGGCGUUAGUGCAGCCGAAGUUGAAUGCGAGUUGGAGCGCUUAGUGGACGAUGAAGUCGUUUACAAAGUGGAGUACAAAGGUAGCACAAGCUAUCGCAAUGCCGCCAAAUGGAAGCAGAGCCACCUUAGUGGUAACAUUCUCAACUCGGCCGAUUCCAGUCGUCUAUUAGUGGAGGCCGUGCAAGAAUUGAGUGGAGGGGUGAAGGCCGACCCCACCUCGGCAACAACUUCUACAAGAGGGAGUUCCACGACAGGCUCCUCAUCUAAGAAGCAAUGCGGGCCCAUACAUAUUGAAGAUAUUGAGAAGCAUGUACUCGCUCGUGACCCGGAGACCAAAUUGACCAUCAAGAUGCGCUUAAGAGAAGCGCUCGAACGGGAGAUCUUCUCGGGGCGUCUGGUCAAAGUAAACGUGGGCUAUGCGCUGCCCAUUCCAGGAGGCGAGCCGCAAAUGGUAGCAGAGACAUCCAAAAAGGUGGACCGCGUCAAGAAGCGAAAGCGUAUCCGCAAGACACACGGUCCCGACUUCGAGCAUGAACCACUCUGCAAACAGCCGUCGUAUGACCAACGAUGCGACUACUGUUCAUUCCACGCCAGCUGCAACAAGUUCGGCCUGGCUGAGGAUCUACUUAUCUGCAAAGACUGCAGCCUGAAAGUUCAUCCAUCAUGCAUGAGAUACUCGGCCGAGUUGGCAGAGAGGUCGCGUCUAUCGCCCUGGCAGUGCAUGGACUGCAAGACAUGCCUCGUCUGCAAUGAAUCUGGAGACGCUGACAAGCUUCUCUUUUGCGACUCCUGCGACAAAGGUUACCACAUGUCAUGUCACUAUCCACCAGUUUUCAAGAAACCAGAAGGCAAGUGGGUAUGUUUCACCUGCGAGCGAGACGAGGAGAUGGAAUACUACUCCAGUGAUGGUAGUGCUGUGCUUUCAAGCAGUGAAGAUUUUUACAGUAUUCAGUCUUCUCCAUCUGAGCCUGGCAUGGACCUCUCCCUAACCGAAGCAUCGAGAGAAAACAGCCCAACCGCAGGGAAGGUGAGUCCAGACGUCGCCACGCCCAGCCCAUCCAACGCCGCUAGUCUUCCAGAGCAGUCGGCCUCAGCCGGCACCAACGCCCACUACCGCAUGACAGACCCCGUAGAGUGGGGCAUCGAGGAUGUGGUGAGAUACUUCAGUGUUCAUGGCUUCCCUGAGCAGUGCAAUGCCUUCAGAGAACAGGAGAUUGACGGCAAGUCGCUGCUCCUCAUGAAGCGACUAGACGUGCUGACCGGACUGUCACUCAAACUCGGCCCCGCACUCAAGAUCUACAACCAUGUGACCCGACUGCAGCUCUUCUGCAAGCACGGAUGCAAGACGAACGGCAGUAAGGGAGGGAAGAGCAGCAAGGAUGCGACUGGGGGCGACAACGCGAAACCAACAGCUUCAAAGCCAGUCGCUGGAACGUCGACGUCGUCGGCAAAGUAAUAGUGGACGCAUGUCACCUGUAAACCAAGAUUGGGAUAUAAAUGUACCUAGAUUGGGAUGUACUUGUACCCAGAUUUGAAUAUGCUUGUACCUAGAUUGGGACAUACUUGUACCCAGAUUUGAAUAUGCGUGUACCUAUAUUGGGAUAUACUUGUACCCAGAUUGUGAUGUCCUUGUUCCCGGAUUGGGACAUACUUGUACCCAGAUUGUGAUGUCCUUGUUCCCGGAUUGGGAUAUACUUGUACCCAGAUUGUGAUGUCCUUAUUCCCGGAUUGGGACAUACUUGUACCAAGAUUGGAAUGGGGAUAUCCGCGGUCGCCAAUCGGAUACCCCUCAGUAACGGCAAUAAGGGUGCAAGAGAAUCAAGAGUUCCCAUGAUCCAGCAAAAGCUAAAGGUAGCCGUCAUGCACUUGUCAAUCAAACAGUACGUUUUUCAGCAAUUUGCUUCCAUGGAAAUCUUGCACAGUCUGCAGGAGAUUUCGAGCCAGCGAAUUUGAAGUUUGGUAUUUGAUACAAUUUGUUUUCUACUUUUGUACUUUACCAAGCAUGGUCCAGCCACAACUCUUUUGCUUCUUCCAUUCCUAGCAAUGUGAUACUAAGUCCCUAACGAGACCGGGGUGAAACAUUUUGUCUGUGUUCUGUCUACCUUAUUCAUUAUGGUGCAGUCGUCUUAAUUUCCUCCCAUUCAAAACCAAUGUUAACCAGACCGAGGCUGGAAGGAGAAAUAGUCUGGAUCCUAUGUGUACAAUGAAGAUUUGCAUCCAUCUCUUUUACAUCGGAUGCAGGGAACAGUGUCUGCUCCAAAAAGAAUUGCCAAUUAUUAUUAAAGUCACCUGGAAGUGGUAUUUUUUCAAAAUAAAGCUUUUGUCACUAAUAUAUGUGUUUUG